UUCAGAAAGGGAUCACUGAACCACCAUGCUGUCAUGAGGCCUGAAGCAGAGGGACUGCUGUCAGUGAGGACAUGGAGCUUGGAUCAUCAGUCAGUGUUGUGAGGAGCUCCAGAGUCCUGCUUGGCACUGAAGUCUGUCCUGCUGUCAUUGUCAUCAAGGACGGCAAAAUCCACCGUGUCCUACCAGAUGGCAGCUUUUCUGAGGCUGAUGACUUUGAGUUGUUUGACGUGGGCGACAGUGUGGUGAUGCCGGGUAUUGUAGACUGCCACGUCCAUGUUAAUGAACCGGGCCGUACCCGCUGGGAGGGGUUCUGGACGGCCACCAGAGCUGCUGCCGCCGGAGGGAUUACGACAAUUGUAGACAUGCCGCUGAACAGCAUCCCUCCAACCACCACACUCAGUCACCUCCAUGAAAAGCUGCAGGAAUCCACAGGGAAGUGUUUUGUGGACACGACCUUCUGGGGAGGUGUGGUACCUGGAAAUCAGCUGGAGCUUCAGCCCAUGAUUCAGGCCGGAGUCCCUGGCUUCAAGUGUUUCCUCAUCCACAGCGGCGUGGAGGAGUUUCCACAUGUGACCGAGAGUGACCUCCACAUGGCCAUGAAGCAGCUGCAGGGCACAGGAAGUGUUCUCCUGUUUCAUGCAGAGAAAGAUCUUCAGCUAAGACCAGAGGAGACCAGCGACCCCUGCCUGUACUCCACCUUUCUGCAGUCCAGGCCAGACAUCAUGGAAAUGGAAGCAGUUCGCACCGUGACCAAACUCUGCCUGCAGUACCAGGUGCGCUGCCACAUCGUUCACUUAUCCUCUGCAAUGCCACUGGAACUGAUUGUUGAAGCUCGGAAGGCUGGAGCCCCUCUGACGGUGGAGACCACGCACCACUACCUGAGUCUGUGUGCAGAGGAUAUUCCUGCAGGGGCCACACACUUUAAGUGCUGCCCACCAAUCAGGAGCUCUGAUAAUCGGGAGCAGCUGUGGUCUGCACUGAAAGCUGGCCACAUAGACAUGGUCGUGUCUGAUCAUUCCCCCUGUAGCCCUGAUCUGAAGAACCUGGACAGCGGAGAUUUCACUCAGGCUUGGGGAGGAAUUUCCUCACUGCAGUUUGGUUUGCCUCUUUUCUGGACAUCAGGCCAUAAGAGAGGCUUUGAGCUGCCCGACCUGACGAGGCUGCUCAGCCGUAAAACAGCUCAGCUGUGUGGUCUCGACAACCUGAAGGGAAGCCUUGAACCUGGUUAUGACGCAGACUUAGUCAUAUGGGAUCCGGAACAAACAUUUGAGAUUUUGUCCCACUUUACAGAUUACAGAGGAAAUCAUCCAUCACAGAAACAAGCUAACGCCGUACCUCAGCAGCACGCUACAAGGACGUGUGCGUUCCACCAUCCUCAGAGGUCGGCUGGUGUACAGAGACGGCUCCUUCUGCACCGAGCCUCUGGGCAAACACCUCCUUAUUCCUGCUCAUGUGAGACGAGAACACAAACUCUAAUAAAUCUGAUCAAAUCUUUUCAAACCCACCAGGCUGAGUUCUUCGUUGAUCACUUAUGACUGCCGUUUUA